AUGGCUCCAAACACGGCGCCGCAGAGGCGGCAGUUUGUGCACCCGUCGGCGAGCCAUGCAAAGAAGAAGGCUCCCAGCGCCUACUCGAUGCAGCCCAUCUCUGCCUUUUACUGGUUCCUCGCCGCCGCCCUCGUUUCCGCCUGGUUUGCGCCGAUUCAAGACUGCGAUGAAACUUUUAACUACUGGGAGCCGACUCAUUAUCUUUCCCAUGGCUAUGGUCUUCAGACGUGGGAGUACUCGCCCGACUAUGCGAUCCGGAGUUGGUUGUAUAUCGCCCUACACGCCAUUGUGGGCAAUGUGCGCCGACUACUCCCACACUCGACAAAGGUUGGCGAGUUCUUCUUUAUUCGCUUUGGAUUGGCCUUUGUGUGCGCCCUCUGUCAGACCGUCCUCUUCCUGGUCACCAGCACAACGCUCAACAGCCGGAUUGGUCUCUUCUACCUCAUUGCCACUGUCAUGAGCCCUGGAAACUUCCACGCGAGCACCGCAUUCCUCCCAUCCAGCUUCGCCAUGUACCUGGUGACUUUGGGAGCUGCAGCUUUCAUGAACUGGCGGGGUGGGCUCAAGACCUCCCAGGGAAUGUUCUGGUUUGCCGCGGCUGGAAUCCUGGGAUGGCCAUUUGCCUCAGCUCUCUGUGCGCCUUUUAUGCUUGAGGAGCUUGUCUUGGUCCUUUUCGGUACUAAGACUGCCUGGUGGGAAGCCUUUGUCCGGGUUGGUCGUGGCGUUGUUUCUGCGAUUCUACUCCUGGCGAGCGAUUUCAUCGUUAACCUCUUCUUCUAUAAGCAAAAGGUUGUCGUGACUUGGAAUAUUGUCAAGUACAACAUCUUCUCAUCCAGCAGCGGCCCUGAGCUGUAUGGAACCGAGCCCUGGACCUUUUACUUCAAGAACCUGGCCUUGAACUUCAACAUCUGGCUCAUUCUCGCUCUUGCGGCAUUGCCUCUGUUCAUUCUCCAGAAGAUCAUUUCCCCUUCCGCUCAGGGAUUCCAGUCUGGUCUGCGAACUGUCGUGUUCCUCGCUCCCUUCUACAUGUGGCUCGGCAUCUUCAGCUCGCAGCCGCACAAGGAGGAGAGAUUCAUGUACCCGGCAUAUCCUUUCCUCGCGCUUAACUCUGCCAUCUCUCUGCACAUGAUCCUCACCGCCUUGGGUAACUCUGACCCCAAGACACUGAUUGGAAAGAUCCCGGCGCGCCUGAAGCUCUUCUUCGUCACCAUUGCCAUGAUCCUGUCAGUUGAUGUCGCCCUCUUCCGAGUGUACGGUAUUUGGUCAGCGUACUCUGCACCCAUGAGCAUCUACUCUCCUCUCUGGGAGGGCGCUGAGGGAGCAGCGCCCCUGGGCCGCGAAGAGGACACUGUUUGCCUCGGCAAGGAGUGGUACCGCUUCCCUUCAUCCUAUUUCCUCCCCAGGGAUAUCCACGCCAAGUUUGUUCGCUCUGAAUUCCGUGGUCUCCUCCCUGGCGAGUUCUCUGAGGCUGAGACCGGCUUCGGCUUUUGGAGCGGCACUUGGCUGCCCACGACUGGCAUGAACGACCAGAACGAGGAGGAUGUGGGCAAGUACACGGAGCUUCGUGCGUGCUCGUUCCUUGUCGACACGCAGUACCCUGAGCGGAGGGACCCCCUGCCGCCAAAUGAGCCCGACUACAUCGCAGACCAGGAGAACUGGGAGAUUGUCAAGUGCGAGCCAUUCCUCGAUGCCGCGAAUACGCAUUUGCUGGCGAGGACUCUAUGGAUCCCUGAUCUCAAGGCCAUUCCGGAUCACUUGAAGAGAAAAUGGGGUCGACACUGCUUGUUGCAACGGAAGAAGCCUUCCACAGAAGAAGCACCUGAGCCACCCGCAGACAACUAA